CAGCAGCACCUCGACCACUACCACCACAACUACACCACUCACCUCAUCAGCUGGGGUGAGUAGUGUUGGUGUAACACCAGCCCUGGAGUGUCCACCCUCAAGCACAGCCAAAGACCAUUUAAGCGUUAAUCGUUUGAAUGCCGGUGGCAAUGCAUCCUCGGCUCCUGGCCCAGGUGGUACAAGUUCAUCGCCUGAUGUCGAAGCCAUGCGUGAAUGGUGGCGCACACGAAGUCUAAACGCUCCCUCGCCAUUUCAACAAUUCGGACCAUGUGGACGCAUUAUGAAAAAUCCAGCCAUGGUGAUGCAAAUACAAGAUCCGGCCAGUCAGCGUUUGACCUGGUACAAGCCACCUCUGACGGUGUUGGUAAUCAAAAAGGUACGAGACUCCACUGUGAUGGCACCAUUUGUCCAGCUGGUCGAAUGGUUGGUACAGGAGAAACAUAUGGUGGUAUGGGUUGAAUCGGCGGUACUCGAUGAUCUCUCACUGCAGGAGGAUAAAAGAUUUCAGAAUAUCAAAGAGAAAUUAGUUACAUUCAAAGAUGGCCGUGAUGAUCUUACCGAUCGCAUUGAUUUCAUUGUUUGCCUUGGCGGCGAUGGCACCCUGCUAUAUGCCUCUCUGCUGUUCCAACAGUCGGUGCCACCGGUAAUGGCUUUCCAUUUGGGCUCUUUGGGUUUUCUUACACCAUUCCAAUUUGAUAAUUUCCAAGAACAAGUAACCAAUGUGCUGGAGGGUCAUGCUGCCCUUACGCUGCGCAGUCGUCUGCGUUGUGUCAUCUAUCGGAAAAGUGAUCGCCGCAAGGAUUCCGAUUGCCAACAGAAUCAAAUGAAUUGUAGUAUCUCAGGUGAUAGUGGAGUGUCGAUGGAUUCCUGUGGUGGCGGUGCAACACAUAAUGCCAGUGGCAAGAGUGGUAGCCGGGCUCCGUCAACAAAUAUUUUGGUCCUCAACGAAGUGGUCAUCGACCGCGGCCCCUCACCAUAUCUCAGUAAUAUCGAUUUGUUUUUGGAUGGCAAAUAUAUUACCUCGGUCCAGGGUGAUGGUUUAAUCGUUAGCACACCCACGGGCAGUACAGCCUAUGCUGUGGCAGCUGGUGCCUCAAUGAUCCAUCCAUCAGUGCCCGCCAUUAUGGUAACACCCAUUUGUCCACAUUCGUUAAGUUUUCGUCCUAUUGUUGUACCUGCUGGUGUUGAACUUAAGAUUUCCGUAUCACCCGAUAGCCGUAACACAUCAUGGGUCUCAUUCGAUGGACGCAAUCGUCAAGAACUAUUCCAUGGCGAUAGCCUGCGGGUGACAACCUCAAUAUAUCCCGUGCCAAGUAUAUGUGCCCAAGAUCAAAUAUCCGAUUGGUUUGAUUCCCUAGCCGAAUGUCUACAUUGGAAUGUACGCAAGAAGCAAAAGUGUCUCGAUGAACUAUCCGACCUAACAGCAUCGGGAUCUGAAGAUACCCUGGAUGAAUUAGAACGAGGCUCGGAUUCGUUACUAGAUAGUUAA